UUACGGGAUGACGUAGAAGGAAAAUUGGCGACAGAACAGUGAUAUAUCAAGAAUUCUGUGUACAAUUUUAUCAAACAUGCCUAGACUUGGGAUCAUUUCGAUAAAAGAUGACGGUGAAAGUGAAGGAAGUGAAGGUGUCAAAAAAAUCGAUCGUUCGAGAAGAAGAGCUUAUCGUAAAUUUCCAUACAUAUCACGGUGAAGAUACGAUAACGAUCGAAAAUACCAUUUGCGAUAAAAUUUACAUCGGAUAAUGCAUACACUCAUACUCGCAGUAUCUUUUAAUCAUUCGAAAUCGACAAACGAAAAAGGUUCUCCUGGUAUGUGCGAUCAAUCCCAAGACGAGGUUGUGUUUCGUGGUAGCAAAAGAGUGCUAAAUAAUGAACACAGCACUUUCAAUUUCGAAUUCAAUAACAAAAUAUAUACGAGUCAUUUACGGUUACGAAAAUGGUUGAUAGGAUUGCUGAUCUUUUUGUUUGUCUCGCUAAUUGUGAUUAAUACGUUCCACACGGAUCAAUUUCGAGUGAUACGGUAUGGAGCCAUUGGAGUCAACGAUACUUCACAAGAAAAUUACGUAGAAUUGAAACCUUUCUUGGCUUCUAUAACCAAUUCUGGUUUCCUGGUCCGCAACAAAGGUUGCCGAAUCCCAGAUAUGGAUCCUUUCGACUCGGCGAUCGUACAAUACAUUCAAAGGGAGAAACCACUUGUCUGCGAGCACGGAAAUCAUUUACCAUUGGUCGAUUCAAACGACACUGCAUUGCACGUAAAUCCAGACGCGAUCAACCAUUUUUACAACAAUUCGGAGGAGAUCGAUUGCUGUUGGCGUCCGUUCUGGCGAAUGAAAAACGAGGAUAACGUUGUUACAUAUGGAAACGAAUGUUUCAAAUUCAAAAAUUCAACGAUUGUGAAUACCGAAUUCGUGAAGAUCGAGUGUUCGCGCAAUAACGAAGUGAUAUACAAGGAUUAUCACGCAUUCGUGCCUCGUUUCCGAUCAGUGGAAAAGAAAUGCGAGAAAGUCAGAGCUGCCAAUUCGAAAACCGAACAUCUUAGCGUAUUAAUAAUCGGCCUCGAUUCGGUUUCCAGAUUAAAUUUUCAUAGAAUGAUGCCGAAAACUGUCCAUAAGUUAGAAGAGCUUGGAACGGUAGAAUUGUUGGGCUAUACCAAAGUGGCCGAUAACACUUAUCCGAAUUUAGUACCUGUUCUGAGCGGGUUGUCCGCUGGCGAAUUGCACGAUUUGUGUUGGCAAAAGAAAGAUAAAACAUUUGAUGAAUGCCCCUUGAUUUGGAAAAAUUUUAGCGCGUCUGGUUAUCGAACAGCUUUUGCCGAGGAUGCUUGCGCCAUGACCACGUUCAAUUAUUUGAAACGAGGCUUUCGAAUCCAACCGACCGACUAUUAUCUCAGACCAUUCUGCAUAGCGUCCGAGAAGGAUAUCGGCAAUACUCACAAGUUGAAUGCGAAUCUCUGCGUAGGGACCAGGAAAACGUUCGACAAUUUGUUAACUUACACGAAGAAAAUCGUCUCGCAAUUCUCCGCGGAUCCGUAUUUUGCGAUGAUCUGGCAGGCUAGCUUAACCCAUGAUUUUUUCAAUUAUCCACAAUUGGGCGACGAAUCUUACUACAAUUUGAUCACGUAUCUUUACAACGAACGAUUGAUGAACAAAACGGCAUUGAUAGUGAUGAGCGAUCAUGGAAUGAGAUGGGGAAGUUUUCGGCAGACUUACCAAGGUAGAAUGGAGGACAGUCUUCCUUUCGUGUUUCUCGUAUUGCCCCAUUGGUGGAGAGAAAAGUAUCGAGUGGCUUGGACAAAUUUACGAAGAAAUACGCGGAGCUUAACUACAGCCUUUGAUUUGCACGAAACUUUGAUGGACAUGAUGAAUCUCGAAAAUCUAGAAGAAUCACGUCUUAAGACUCGUUUAAGAACAAUGCCGAAAGAUAACAAUUUGCCACGCGGGAUCAGUUGGUUUUUGCCGAUUCCUGACUAUAGGACGUGCACAAUGGCGGGUAUUGCCAGCCAUUGGUGUAUGUGUCACAACAGUUAUGAUGUUUCUGCGCAGGACGAGAAUCUCAGAGAUAAGGCGAUGUUUUUGGUCUCGGAAUUAAAUAACAUGUUGAAGAAAUUCGUGCAAUGCGCGAUUUUGAAACUGAAAGAAAUUAAAGCCGCGAAAGCGUGGAGGGACGAGGAUGAGCAAAGUCUCAUAGAUUAUACGAUCACGGUUGAAACGGAACCUGGUAACGCGAUAUUCGAGGGCACGAUACGGUACAGAAGCGAGAACAAGACUAACAAGUUGGUAGGAUCGGUUAGUAGAUUGAACGCAUAUGGGAAACAGAGUGCCUGUGUCGAUGAAUUCAAUAUGAGGCUAUAUUGUUAUUGUUUAUAAGUUUCAAUUUGUUCGAUAUUUUUUAUCAUUUUUCUUUCUCCCUCUGAAGAACUUUCUCUUUAAAAAAAAAAAAAAAAACAACUUUACUCAGGAUUUCGGUAGUAUUGAAUGAAGUUAGUACGAUAGCCAGUAUACUGGUACAAAAAAAAAUCACACUGUGAUAAAAUACUUACUUUAAAUAUGUAAUGAUAAUUCACGGCAAUUUCGUGCUUAACAAAUGAAGUGUCAACUAAUGAUAAUAUUAUUAUUUCUAUUAUUAUCAUUAUUUUCUCCAUGAUUUAUUUUCGAUGAAAAUUCGUUCGAUGCCAAAUCAUAUUAAAUAUCGUUCAGUUAUUAUUAUUAUUAUUUAUAUUUUCAUUCCUGUGCUUUGUUACGAUCUUUUCAGAGAAUUUGUUCUUGUUUCUUAUAUUAAUACAAAUGAUCGAUAAUCGAUACCAAUAUUAGCACUAUUGAUAUUAUUUUAUUUUUUAUUUUUUAGAAUUAUUUUAUAUCUCUUGAUAAUGAUAAUAAUUAUUAUUAUUAUUAUUGUUAUCAUUAUUAUUUUUUCAUUAUGUAUAAUAUAAAAUAUACAUUAGUAAUUAAUGCACAAAUAAAUAAUAAAUAUAGUAUAAGUGUAUCUGAUGCGGUGCAACGAUUAUUAUAGUGAUAUUAUAGUGAAUUCAAACCUAAUCAUGAUAGUAUUGAUAUAAAGGUGUUGAUAUUAACACGUUCAAGUAUUUAAACACGUUAAGUGCCGCGCUUUCGGUGUGACUUUCCGUUCAAGCUAUGAUGCAUAUAUUGUCAUUUGUUUAGAAAUAUCAGCGGCUUGAAUGGAAAGUUCAAUAUAGGAAUACAUAUGUGAGUAUAUACAAUGAGGUUCAUGCGCUUUUCAAUAUGUUAAAAUUGUGUGCAUUGCAUGCAUGCAUUUGGUCUCUACUUCACUAUCCUAUGUAUAUUAUGCAUUGCUAAGAAGAAAUUUCCCGAUGACUUUUCGAGAUGAUACAAGAGCUAAAAAAAAUAUUUUAUAUGUAUCAUAUAUUGCUGAAAAGAAUGUGAAUUUAAUUGAUUUCAGAUUGAUUUCCGGAUAGACGAAACAAUUAUAAAAAUAGAUACGAGUAUUGGUCAAAAAUCUUCUAUCAAUAAAUUACAUUAUCAUAUAUUAAUAUUGUAUGGUAAUAAGUGAAAAUACAAAAUAUUAUUUUCCUUGCUUUUAGCAAAUACAACAUUUUGAUAUAAUUUUCUAGCAAUGCAUAAUCGUACAUAAAUAAGUAUGAAAUUUUAAUUAUAAAAUUUCCAUUUUUAUUUUAAAUGGUUUAUUAAAAAAGAUAAGAUAAAUCUUUAAGCAAGGAUUAUAUUCCAAAAAAUUAAAAAUUAUUUUU